AUGAAGUCCGCCGUUUUCCUCUACGUUCUUAGCACCGCCCUCGCGGCUCCAACCCGCACCAUCGAGGAGCGCCAACUGUCUGGCCUGGGUGGCUCUAGCAGUGAUAGCGGCCUGGGUGCUCUUUCUUCUCUUUUCCCCGGCCUGGGUGGUGAUAGCUCCUCAACCAGCGGCUUGCCUAGCCCUGAAUCUCUCAUCCCUGGUGGCUCUAGCGAUAGCUCGGAUUCUUCCAGCACCGGUGGUCUUCCUGAUCUAUCUAGUCUUACCGGUGGCUCCUCUUCAUCCAGCGGCCUUGGUGCCUUGUCCUCCCUCAUCCCCAGCACAGGCGGCGGUUCCUCCACUGGCUCUGGCCUCGGAGCCCUGUCUUCUCUUAUUCCCAGCUCUGGAAGCAGCGACUCCUCUGGUCUUUCUGGUCUGGGUGACCUCUCUGGCCUGGGAAAAAGACAGCUAGGAGGAUCUACCACCGAGAACGGAGUCACCAGCAACCAGGGCUGCCAGCCGCUGACCUUUAUCUUUGCCCGUGGUAGCACUGAGAUGGGCAACAUGGGCUCUGUCGUGGGCCCCGAGGUCGCCUCCGCACUCAAGUCUCAGUUGAACAACAAGGUCACCGUGCAGGGUGUUACAUAUGAUGCUGGAAUCGCAAGCAACGCCGAGCUGGGUGCCAAUGGCGGCCCCAUCAUGGCCAAGCUGGUUAAGCAGGCUCUUAGCCAGUGCCCCAAGACCAAGGUCGUUGUUGGUGGUUAUUCCCAGGGCUCCAUGGUUGUUCACAAUGCCGCCAGCAGCCUGAGCUCCGGCCAGAUCAGCGCUGCGGUUCUCUUUGGUGACCCAUUCAAGACCCAGGCUGUUGGAAAGGUUGCUAGCAGCAAUGUUAAGGAGUACUGCGCCUCCGGUGACCCUGUCUGUGAGAAUGGAUUCAAUGUCAUGGCUCACAUCACCUACGGCAGUGAUGCAAAGGAGGCUGCCGCUUUCCUGAUCAAGGCUUCUGGAGUCUCAUCUUCUUAG